UCGACCUUUCCCCUCUGGAGGCGGGACAAAGGGGGCAAGGGAAAAGACGGCCGCGGCGACCGGAAGGGCCCGAAGAAGCAGCCGCCCGCGCGGCAGAACGCCGGUCACAAGGAGAAGAACAGAGCCAAGAAGCCGGAGGGUCCCCGGCCGCACCAGGAGAAGACCCCCGCACCCCCAUCCCCCGCCUCCUCCUACAGGGGCGGCCCGGGGACCCCCCACCGCGGGUCCCCUUACCGGGUGACCUGCCGCUCCCACCUGGAGGCCAGGGAGACCGCCGUGGGCUGGGGCGCCGCGGGGGAACGCCGCCACGACCCCACACCGGACGUUGCCGUGGAGAUGCGCGACCGCCGCACGGUCCCGGAGAUCAUCAUCACGGCCAGAGACGACGUGGACGAGGAGCUGGAGGAGUCCCGGAUCUACACGGUGGAGGGGGGGGACCAGCGUGGCCCGCUGCCCGGGGCGGAGGGCCCCGGCCCCAGCCCGGCCCCCGCCCCGGGGCCCCAGGAGUCCAAACCGGACAUGAAGGACGACCAGUACUGGAAGACCCACAGCAUCGGCUGGAGGCUGGUGCGGCGCAGGGCUCUGUUCGAGAGGAGGCAGCGGCUCAACGACUGUGCCCUGGCCGUGGGGAUCUUCGGGGUGGUCGUCAUGGUGAUGGAGACGGAGCUGUCCUGGGGUGUCUACAGUAAGAGUUCCAUCUACUCCAUAGUGCUGAAGUCGGUGAUCAGUGUGUCCACCGUGCUCCUGGUGGGCCUGAUCGUGGCCUAUCACUGCUGUGAGGUGCAGCUCUACAUGCACGACAACGGCGCAGAGGACUGGCGCAUCGCCAUGACGAUGGAGCGGGUCACCCUGAUUGCGCUGGAGCUCGUGGCGGUGGCCAUCCACCCGUACCCCAUGGGCGUGCUGGCCUACGUCCAGAAGGUCCCGCCCAGCUCGGAGACGGAGCUGGAGAUCAUGCUGGCUCUGCCCAUGUUCCUCCGACUCUACCUGCUGGGCCGGGCCAUGAUGCUCCACAGCCGGCUCUUCACAGACACCGCCUCGCGCAGCAUCGGCGCUCUGAACAAGAUCCACUUCAACACCCGCUUUGUGGGCAAGACGCUGAUGACCACCUACCCGGGCACUGUGCUCAUGAUCUUCAGCGUGUCCCUGUGGAUCGUGGCGGCGUGGGGUUUGCAUGUUUGUGAAAGGCACCACAACUACAGGGACCUCAGCAGCAACUACAUGGAGGCCCUGUGGAUGGUCUCUGUGACCUUCCUGUCCAUUGGCUACGGGGACGUGGUGCCCCACACCUACUGCGGUCGCAGCAUCUGUCUGCUCACAGGGAUCAUGGGGGCUGGCUGCACAGUGUUGGUGGUUGCCGUGGUUGCCAGGAAGCUGGAGCUUACCCGAGCAGAAAAACACGUCCACAAUUUUAUGAUGGAUUCCCACAUCUCCAAAGAGAUCAAAUCUGCAGCGGCAAACGUGUUGAGGGAGACUUGGCUCAUCUACAAACACACAAAGAUGUCGAGGGAGAGGGACCACACCAGGGUCCGCAUGCACCAGAGGAAGCUGCUGCUGGCCAUCCACCAUCUGCGCAGCGUGAAAAUGGAGAAGAGAAAACUGGCCGACCAAGCUAACUCACUUGUUGAUCUCAGCAAGGUGGGAGAGAUGCAGAGCCUGAUGUACGACGUGCUGUCGGAGGUGCAGGGCUGCCGGGGAGAGCUGGACACGCACGUCAACAGCCUGGAGAAGCACGUGGAGGAGUUGAGAGAGGGCUUCCGGAGCCUCAUGCCUCUCCUCUCCAACACGCUGUCCACACAAAACUCCUCCAUCCGCCACCUGCUGUGGGAGAGGGAGACCCAGGCGGAGAACGCCGCCACCGCCACCACCACAAGCGGGGGCGGCGGAGCACAAUAGGGCCAGACCGUGGAAACCAACGAUGGUGAGAAGGCCGGCUGGUGUUGCAAGGACAUGGAUCCAUCUCCUCAGGGUUGACAAAGAUCAGGACACACAAUAUCCCCCCCCCCCCCCCCAAGAGAUAAAAUCCUUGUUUGAGCUGAAACAAUGUAGUUACAGGUUUAGAAUAACUAGCAGUUUUGUAGAAAAAUGUGACAUGUAUUUUAAUGCAGCUCUAAUGGCGUACAAUUCAAAAUAAAACUCAAGUUACUUGGCAGUCCUCUUGUACAGGCCAUCGAUUCAAUUGUGCCAAGAAAUCCUCUGAACCGCUGGUUUAUGUCAGCCUGCUGUUAAAUAGAUCAAUUAAUUAUCUGAGAAGGGAAUGAGAACAUUCAUGUGAAUCAUAAUACGGUUUCUUUCACAAGUACUAAUAGCCCCAGUAGUUGUGUAAUAGGAUUAACAAGAAAGGGACAAGAAAGCCACAAUACGUAAAAAGUAAGGCAAGAACCACAGCAUUUUCUUUAGUCAAAACAAUAUUUUUUAUUAAGAGAGACAGAGUUGGAAGUCCAUGUACAGCAUAAACUGAUCUCCCAAUGAGCACAGUGAAAUCCUGUAUUGCCCAGUCAGUUCAGCCAGGCUGAUCCUGAAUGACGAUCGAUUUGUUUGGUCUUGAAUGAAGUACCGCCUGCCAUGUUGGUGCAGAAGACGCUGACAUUAACCGCUC